CUUCCUGUGUGGCUGCAGAUGACAAAACCCCAUAAGAAGGACCCAGCCUCCGAGUGGCCACACCCUGUGUCUCUGUCCUGCCAGCACCGAGGGCUCAUCCAUCUGCAGAGCAGGGCAGUGGGAGGAGACGCCAUGAUCCCCAUCCUCACGGUCCUGAUCUGUCUCGGGCUGAGUCUGGGCUGGAGGACCUGUGUGCAGGCAGGCACCCUCCCCAAACCCACCCUCUGGGCUGAGCCAGACUCUGUGAUCACCCAGGGGAGUCCCGUGACCCUCAGGUGUCAGGGGACCCUGGAGACCCAGGAGUACCGUCUAUAUAGAGAAGAAAAAACAGCACCCUGGAUUACACGGAUCCCACAGGAGCUUGUGAAGAAGGGCCAGUUCCCCAUCCCAUCCACCACCUGGGAGCACGCAGGGCGGUAUCGCUGUAUCUAUGGUAGCCACACGGCAGGCUGGUCAGAGCGCAGUGACCCCCUGGAGCUGGUGGUGACAGGAGCCUACAGAAAACCCAUCCUCUCAGCCCUGCCCAGCCCUGUGGUGGCCUCAGGAGGGAGCGUGACCCUCCAGUGUGACUCACGGGUGGCAUUUGACGGCUUCAUUCUGUGUAAGGAAGGAGAAGAUGAACACCCACAAUGCCUGAUCUCCCAGCCCCGUACCCAUGGGUCAUCCCGGGCCGUCUUCUCCGUGGGCCCCGUGAGCCCGAGUCGCAGGUGGUCGUACCGGUGCUAUAGUUAUGACUCACACUCUCCCUAUGUGUGGUCUUUACCCAGUGAUGUCCUGGAGCUCCUGGUCCCAGGCGUUUCUAAGAAGCCGUCACUCUCAGUGCAGCCGGGUCCUGUCGUGGCCCCUGGGGAGAAGCUGAUCCUCCAGUGUGGCUCUAACGUCGGCUAUGACAGAUUCGCUCUGUACAAGGAGUGGGGACGUGACUUCCUCCAGCGCCCUGGCCGGCAGCCCCAGGCUGGGCUCUCCCAGGCCAACUUCCCCCUGGGCCCUGUGAGCCGCUCCUACGGGGGCCAGUACAGAUGCUCCGGUGCACACAACCUCUCCUCCGAGUGGUCGGCCCCCAGUGACCCCCUGGACAUCCUGAUCUCAGGACAGAUUCGUGCCAGACCCUUCCUCUCAGUGCAGCCGGGCUCCACGGUGGCCUCAGGAGAGAACGUGACCCUGCUGUGUCAGUCACAGGGAUGGAUGCACACUUUCCUUCUGACCAAGGAGGGAGCAGCUGAUCCCCCUCUGCGUCUAAAAUCAAAGCGCCGGUCUCAUAAGUACCAGGCUGAAUUUCCCAUGAGUCCUGUGACCUCAGCCCACGUGGGGACCUACAGGUGCUACGGCUCACUCAGCUCCAACCCCUACCUGCUGACUCACCCCAGUGACCCCCUGGAGCUCGUGGUCUCAGGAGCAGCUGAGACCUUCAGCCCACCACAAACCAAGUCCGACUCCAAGGCCGGUGAGUGAGGAGAUGCUCGCGGUGAAGACGCUGGGCGCAGUGGGUCAGGUCCUGUCAAGGGGAGCUGGGUGUCCUGAGUGGACAUUUGAACAAUUAUAUUCAUUCCAACUUAAAGAAUUAUUCAACACCUUUAACAACUUAUAAGUGAAGUACUUUAUUCUUUCAUAUUUUAAAAAUAAAAGGUAAUUAUCCAUGAGAAAGCUGAGUUUGAGUAUAUUCAUUGUGUUUCGUGCUAACUCACUACCAAAUGACCCCAUUCUCACUGCUUUUCUAGGGAUCUCUUCUAAUUUCCUGAUAAAAUUUAUACAAACCACGAGACAAUGGAAAUUUUACUUCUUUAUUUCUAUAUUGUGUGCCAAUAUUUCUCACUUUAAAUAUCAACAUGUAUGUAACUACGUCUUAAAUAAAUAUCUAAAGCUUUAUAUCUAUA